AAAAUAAUUAAUUUGGGUAAAAAUUGAAUAAAAAAUUAAAAAAUAAUCGCGUAAAUAACGCGAUCUAUGCGAUGUCCAUUGAAACGUUAUUAAAAAUAGUGGCGCGCCCUGUCGCGUAGUGGCGUAAUAGUCGGUCGGUAGUGAAGGAAACGUUUUUGUGGGUAGAGAGGUGUCCGGCACGGAAGUGAUCAGUCAAAUAAUUCUAGAACAGUUUGUCCGCGUUUUGGGGCCGUUCUGGGGCGCGAAGACACGUUCUAGGGCUUGAAAAAUCGUGGUCGCGUUUAACCGCAGACUACCAUUCGAGUUAACUCAUUUGCCGACCAAUCUGUUUUGUAGUACUUCUUUUGAACAACGUUGUGUUCGCUGGUGUUCUCCGAGGAGGCCAUCUUUGCGAUCCCCUAUCAAAGGUCCUUCGCUCGUGCGGCGUUUCAUUGUCCUGUCCUCCUUGUGUCCCCAUUUUUUCGACUACCAUACAAGUUUUGGCCGCAAACUCACGAUUAAAUGGCUUUAAAGCGAAUUAAUAAGGAAUUACAAGAUCUCGGUAGAGAUCCUCCAGCACAGUGUUCGGCAGGUCCGGUUGGAGAUGAUCUUUUUCAUUGGCAAGCCACAAUAAUGGGACCUCCUGACAGUCCGUACCAAGGAGGUGUGUUUUUCUUAACCAUACACUUUCCGACAGAUUACCCAUUCAAACCACCAAAAGUGGCGUUUACAACUAGAAUUUACCAUCCAAAUAUAAACAGUAAUGGUAGCAUUUGUCUUGAUAUUUUACGGUCUCAGUGGUCUCCUGCUCUUACAAUUUCAAAAGUACUAUUAUCAAUUUGCUCUCUCCUGUGCGAUCCAAAUCCAGAUGAUCCUCUGGUGCCGGAGAUUGCUAGGAUAUACAAGACGGACCGGGAAAAGUACAAUGAGUUAGCGCGUGAGUGGACUCGCAAGUACGCCAUGUGAUGCCUCGGCCCCCCACAAAACGUUCACUUUACACAUUAGUUUUUUGAAAAAACAACAACAACAACUCCAUUGUCAUCUAUAAAAUAAAACAACAACAGCAAACCGAACCCGACCGACCGACCGCAAAUCUGCAAAAAAAAAGCAAACAAAAAAUACAAAACGUUAAGACAUUUUUCCAUCCCACAAAUAAUUAAAAAAUAAUAAUAAAAAAUAAAAUAUAAAAAUAAGUUACGUUUCGAACGCUCUACCCACCUUAAAUAAUAAUUUGAAAAAAAAAUAAUAACAAUGGAUGAUGAAUUAAUUUAAGGAUCGAUGAUGAUCGGCGGAUUAAAAAAGAACACGCGAAUAAAAAAAAAAUAAUAAAAUAAACAAAAAAAUAU